AUGAACCGAAGGCUUCGGAGCCCCAACGCCAAGGCCUCGCCGUCCAAGGUCGAGGAGCGGCUCCACCGGUACCUGAGGCCGGGAGCCCUCGCCCGGCUCCGGGACUCCAGGAUCAGCGCCCGAUCUCCCCGAUCUAUCCUCAAGAUCCCGAUCCCCCGCCUCUCGGCUCCCUCCUCGCCCCAGGUCCCGCCGGCGGCCGCCGCCCAGAUGGACGGCUCCCCAUGCUUCGUCAUCGGGACCUAUGGCCCUCGGUUCCCGCAGCGGAAGAAGCUUGUCGCCGCCAAGUCCAUCUUUUUCGUGCCCUCGAGCCCAUCGGGAACCGAUGUAUCGGACGCCGUUGUGGACUUGUUUAUCUCCGAUCUCGUUGUAGCUCGCUAA